AUUAUUAUCUCAUCAUAAUCUAGCAGUCAACCAAUGAAUACCAAAGAAGAACAAAGCAAAAGUUGACAAUAUCAUGGAAAAAAAAAACAUUUCUGCUAAAAUUCCAAGCACCAAGUCAAAGCAAUUAUGGUGGCAUUUAUCAAUCUGCUAGCGUUGACAUAAGCGAAGCGAACUGCGAACUGUAUGAUUAAUUUUAAAUGUUCUAAAACAAUUUGCAAUGUUUUUAGGAACAAAGUCAACGUGAUCUCUCAGAGUCUUUCUUUAUUUAUUUUCAGAAUUAUUGGAGAAGAGAGGAAAACGGAGGAGAGAAGAAGAAGGGGGCGAAGAAAACAGAGCGAGGUUCAUGGAAUCGAGUGGUCGCGGUUCUCCUCGCUUCGCCGCCAGCAGCUGCUGCGUCGGAGUGAGCAGUGGAGGAGUCAGGCCGAGAUUCAUGGACGACGGCGGCUGCCCGACCACCUUCGUCCAGGCCGACGCCGAUUCCUUCAAGCGGGUCGUCCAGAAGCUCACCGGCCACGGCAUGGCGGCACCGCCGGGUCCCAAGAAGCAAACUUUCAAGCUCUACGAGCGCCGCGGCGGCCUCAAGACCUUCAAGGCGAUCCGACCGCCGGCGCCCUCGAUUCCGGCGACCCUGUCGCCGAGCGUGCUGGACUUCCCCUCGCUGGCGCUGGCGAGCCCGAUCACGCCGCUGGUACCGGACCCCUUCGACCGCGCCGCGGCGGCGGCGGUUGCCGAGGAGGAGCGAGCCAUCGCGGAGAAGGGAUUCUACCUGCACCCGCCGCCGAGGAGCGCGGUGGAACCGCCGAGGCUUCUGUCGCUGUUCCCCGUCACCUCUCCGACGACGCCGUCCGCCAGUUCUUCACCUUGAUGUUUUGGCAGAGAAUUAUAGAUUUGAUUUUCAGUUGUGAUGCCUGUGCCCGACGGAGAUGGAGAUGCUGGAAUAUUCCGGCGGCCGGAGAGUUGUCUGUUUCAUGUGUCAAAUUGGAGCUCCUUUUCUCCGGUCGCUAUGUUCUUGCUUAAUCUCUCCACAAUCCAAAUCCUCAUUAAUUUUGACCAAAAUCCAUGCAAAAUUACAGUUCCAUCUUAUUAUUCAAAUUUGUUUAAUAAGAUAUUCGAGCAAAAUGUUAUUUAAAU